AUGGCAGAAUUUGUUCUUGGGAAUUUUGCCAAUUGCUUCAUAGCACUGGUGAACUGCAUUGACUGGGUCAAGAAGAAGAAGUUCUCCUCAGUUGACGGGAUUCUUACAGCUCUGGCAGUCUCCAGGAUUGUCUUGCUUUGGAUGAUAUUAAUGUAUUGGGAUUUAACCACGUUUAAUCCAGUUUCAUACGGUACACAAGUAAGAAUUGCUGUCCAGGUUGUCUGGUUAGUAGCCCACCACUUUAGCAUCUGGUUUGCUACUAUCCUCAGCUUAUUUUACUUGCUCAAAGUAGCCAAUUUCUCCAACGUUAUUUUUCUUCACCUGAAGAAGAACAUUAAUAGUGUGAUUCUGGUGGUACUAUUGGGAUCCUUGUUGCUUUUACUUUGUUAUUUUGCAAGGAUAUACAUGAGUGACCAUCCGUGGGUGAGUGAGUUUGAAGGAAACAUGGCUUGGAAAACCAACUUGACGGACAUUGAACAGGUUUUAAAGUUGUCCAUGGUCACUGUGGCAAAUCUCAUACCCUUUAUUACAUCGCUGAUAUGCUUUCUGCUGUUAAUCUACUCCCAGUGUAAACACAUCAGGAAGAUGCAGUUUCAUGGCAAAAGAUCCCAGGAUCCCAGCACCAAGGUCCAUGUAAAAGCCGUGCAAACUGUGCUCUCCUUCCUCUUGCUGUUUGCCUUCUACUUUCUGGUUGUUACCAUUUCUAUUUGGUAUUUUAAAGGGCAGCAUAGCAGACUGCUUCUUCUUCUUAGCCAUGCAUUUAUAUCUUCCUUUCCUUCAAUCCAUUCAUUUGUCCUGAUCUGGGGAAACAGGAAGUUGAAUCGGGCUUUUUUGUUGAUAUGGCAGUGGGUGAGACGCUGGCUGAAAAAAUGGAAUCCUUUAACUCCGUAG